AUGGCACCCAGUGCAGUGAGUCCCAAGAUGCCGGCGCGGCCGGACGCCAGAGGGCUCUCCCUGGAACAUGAUCGACUUCUGGAAGCCGUACAGCUACAAAACCGACCAGGUCGCAUGCAGAUGCCCGUCGCCGUCGUGGGCAUGGCCUGUCGUCUCCCCGGGCACAGCAAUUCGCCCACCGCGCUUUGGGAUAUGCUCCUCCGCGGUGGCAUUGCCAGAAAUGAGCCCCCGGCGUCCCGGUUCAGCCUGGCCGGUCACUACGAUAAGACCACCAAACCUCGGACCAUGAAGUCCCCCGGGGGAAUGUUCAUCGAGGACAUGGAUCCCGAGGUCUUUGACGGCCAGUUCUUCAAUAUCAGUCGAACUGACUGCAUCGCCAUGGAGCCUCAACAACGCCAGCUGCUCGAGGUGGCCUACGAGUGUCUCGAAAACGCCGGAGUCCCUCUCGAGGCAGUGAGUAACACCAGCACGGGCGUCGUGGUAGGAACCAACUUCAUCGAUUAUGCGGCCAUUCAGAAUCGAGACCCCGAGGACAGAGCCGAUUCGAUUACCAGUGGCCUCGCAUCAUCGAUUUUGAGCAACCGUGUCAGCCAUUUCUUGAACGUGACCGGUCCAAGCAUGACCAUCGACACAGCCUGCUCUGCCAGUCUAGUCGCCGUGGAUGUCGCCUGUCGCUAUCUGGAUAGCUUCCAGGCCAAUGCCGUGCUCGUGGGAGGCGCCAAUCUCUGGCUGACACCGGAGCACAACGAGGAGAUUGGCAUGAUGCAUAUGACCCAAUCUGCAUCGGGGAAAUGCCACAGCUUCGACGCCAAAGCGGACGGGUACGUCAAGGCAGAAGGCAUCAACGUGGUCUACCUGAAGCGUCUCGACGACGCUCUUCGUGACGGCGAUCCCAUCCGAGCUGUUAUUCGAGGAACGUCCGCCGGAGCAUCAGGACGCACACCAGGCAUUGCCAACCCAAGCUCUGAUGCGCAGGCCUAUGCCAUCCGCAUGGCGUACCAGUCCGCUGGCAUCAGCGACUUUCAAGCGACAGGUUACCUCGAGUGCCACGGGACCGGCACCCUCGCCGGCGAUCCGGUGGAAGUGCGAGGUGCAGCGUCCGUCUUUGGAGCUGGUCGUGAAGACGGCAAGGAGUUGGUGAUUGGGUCCAUCAAGAGCAACAUCGGCCACUCCGAGGCUGCAGCAGGUCUGUCGGGCCUGAUCAAGGCCGUGAUGGCAGUGGAAACGGGCACCAUUCCUGGGAACCCAACAUUUGUGACGCCGAACCCCAAUAUUGACUGGAAGUCAUCUCGUGUCCGGGCCAGCAGGACGUCCUUGAAAUGGCCCAGCAACACGGCCGUCCGGCGUGCCAGCGUGAAUUCCUUUGGAUUCGGUGGCGCCAACGCCCAUGCGGUGCUCGAAUACCUUCCGGUAUCUCGCCAUGUUUCCUCCUACAAGAAGGUAACCACCGACUUCUUUGAUGAUGACGAGGAUGACGACGACGAGGAUAUCUCCAACGCCGCGCGAACGGCAGAUCCCAAAAUCCUGGCAUUUUCGGCCAACGAUCAGGCGUCGCUGAAGAACUACGUCAAAGCCCUCAAUGCGCACCUGCUGAACCCCAUGGUCUCGAUUGACCUCAACGACCUGGCCUACACCCUCUCGGAGCGGCGGACGAGACACUACUACCGCGGAUUUGCCAUUACACGCUCCAGCAAAGCCAAGGUCAGCGAGGAGACACUAGUUCUAGGCAAGCAGGCAUCGUCGUUGCCACGUAUCGGGUUCGUAUUCACGGGCCAGGGUGCGCAGUGGUCGCAGAUGGGUCUCGAGCUCGUCAAGGCCUUUCCCCAAGCCAAGAGAGUCCUCCAAGAUCUGGAUGAGGUUCUACAGGCGCUCCCCGAGCCUCCCAAGUGGUCUCUUCUCCAGGAACUGACGGACGCGCGAUCCCCCGAGACGCUCCGCCAGCCAGAAUUCUCCCAACCACUGGUCACGGCCCUGCAGCUGGCACUGCUUCAAGUCCUGAACGACUGGGGCGUUCAUCCCCAGGCCGUGGUCGGUCAUUCCUCCGGAGAAAUUGCUGCCGCUGCAGCAGCGGGUCUCAUUAGCCCUCAGGAUGCCAUUAAGACAGCCUACUACCGCGGAACGGCGGCAAAGAAGGUCGGCACUCCCGUGGAGCCUGUCGGUAUGCUUGCAGUGGGUGUCGGUCCGGAUGUUAUUGAGAAGUAUAUCGAACCGUCCGAGGGCCGCGUGCAGAUUGCCUGCUAUAACAGCCCCACGAGUCUGACCAUGUCGGGCACCGUCGCCGCACUAGAGAAGCUGAGCCUCCGUCUGAAGAAGGAUGACCAUUUCGCUCGCAUGCUUCUGGUUGACCUGGCCUACCACUCGGACCACAUGAGCGAGAUUGGGGAGGUGUAUGAGAAAUUGUUGCUGUCGAGCACACGGAGCAGUAAGACAACUAUCGGAGGUGAGAACAACGCAUCUCAGGCUCGCAUGUUCAGCUCCGUCACGGGAAAGCCGAUGCCACGCGGCGAAGCCCCCGGUGCGGAAUACUGGAAGGCGAACAUGGUUUCUCCCGUCCGAUUCACCCAAGCGGCGUCAGAACUCCUUCGCGAUGCGCAGGAUGGCGCCGAUUUCCUGAUCGAGAUCGGUCCUAGCAACGCCCUGGCCGGUCCCAUUGCACAGAUCAAGAAGUCCCUUGGGGGAUCGACAGCAGACGUACCGUACACGUCCGCCUUGAAACGAGGCGCCGACUCGGUGCUCGCCUUGUACAAUACCGCCGGCCAGUUGUUUCUCUCCGGGGGUCCGAUUGACCUUGCUCGCGUCAAUCGGGGGACUCGGUCUGGCGACAAGGUGGCCGACCCCAAGGUGAUAGUGGAUCUUCCUAACUACGCGUGGAAUCACUCCACACGCUACUGGCAUGAGUCGCAGGCCAGCAAGGACUGGCGGUUCAAGAAGUUCGUGAACCACGAUCUGCUGGGAUCCAAGAUGCUCGGGACAUCGUGGGAAGCCCCCGUCUUCAAGAAAGUCCUGAAGCUUGCGGACGUUCCCUGGCUGCGCGACCAUCAGCUGGGCCGUCAGGUUGUGUUCCCCGGUGCCGCCUACGUGACGAUGGCGAUCGAGGCGAUCUACCAAGUCGCCAUGGUGACGCAGUGGAAUGAGCAGCCCCCAGCUCGAUAUCGCUUCCGGUUGCGGGAUGUGAAGUUCAACCGUGCCUUGGUGCUUGAGGACAAUAUUGAGACGAGAUACACGCUGGCUCUCUCCCCGAUACAAGGGGGCUCCACGCGUUCCUGGUACGAAUACCGAGUGUCCUCACAGCAAGAAGGCCUUCAUACGAGCCACGUCCACAGCAGUGGGCUGGUGUGUGUGGAAACCGAUUACCAAGAACCCUCGACGUCGGCGGACGUCGUCAAGGCUCUCGAGCUGGCCACACCUGGACACGUGUGGUACAAAGCCCUAGCGGACUCUGGAUACAACUUUGGGCCGUGCUUCCAGAAGCAUGAGAUGGUGGAGAUGGACAUGGGUCAGAGAAACAGCCGGUCGGUGGUGAACCUCGAAGCUCCGCCAUCUGCGUUUGCUCAAUCUCCCUAUCCAAUGCAUCCAGCCGUGAUGGAUGCGUGUCUGCAAACCGGAACACCCCCCUUGUGGAAGGGCGACCCUUCUGCCGCUGUCGGGGUGCUCGUGCCCAAAGUGAUCGAUAGUUUGGUCCUCUCAGGGACAGGGGAACUGCCUCCUAAAGGCGUGACGCGCUCGUCCGCCACUUUCCUGGGCGUUGGAGACCGCGAGAACCCUCGCAAUUACGCCACAAAUGUCUCCCUGUACGAUCCACAGGGGGGUGCCCUGCUGUUUGAGAUGAAGGGCCUGUCGAUGGCCGAGAUUGAGACGUCCGAAGAGGAGGGUGCUCGACACUCGUUCACCAGCGUCGCCUGGGAAGCGGAUGUGGACAUGCUGCUCAGCGCCGGGAAACCGGGCGCCGAGCAAUGGCUCGCGGGUGAGAAUGGCCUUGCGAAGACCUGCCAGGAUGUCAUCAACCUUGUUGCUCAUAAAACCCCUGGGCUGAGCGUUCUGGAGCUGAACCUCAAUCCUGAAGAUGCAUCCAGCCUCUGGAUGCCAGAGACUGACACGCUGGACCCCAUGCGGCAAGCAUGCUCACAGUAUCACCUUGCCCUACGUGAGCCCAAGACCCUCAUCAGCGCCCAGAAUCACUUUUCGUCCCGAGUUUCUGGCUCUCAGUUCCAUUUGCUGGAUGUCUCCCAGCCUGGGGCCAUAGUCGCCGACGUCAAGUUCGACCUGCUGAUCGUCAAGCAGACUGUCGACUCUGCACAAGCUGGCGUUGAGACAGACCUAGUUAUCCAGAAAGUUGCCGCGUCCGUUCGGGAAGGAGGGUUCAUCAUCGCAGUCGGAUUUGACGAGACAGUGCUGCAUCACGUCGGACAGACUAUCGCGUUGCCAUCGCCCGGCGAAAGUGCAUGCAUCUGUCAGCGCUCAGCAGAGGACCAUGAACAAGGUAAUAAGACAGCACAGCGCCCGGUGAUCCAGCUGGUGAGCCUCCUGGAAGAGUUCCCUGAUCUGCAUGAGACCGACAGAGUUUUGAGUGCCAUCGGGGAAAGAGAAUGGACUAUACAGCGAUGCAAUGACCCUCUGAAGGAGAUAACGUCUAGCGAGGCUGUCAUCGUCGUCAUCGACGAGCUCUUCUCGUCCGUGAUGGACCGUCUGGACGAGAGACAAUGGCAGAUUCUCAAACACAUCACACAGCAGAGAUGUCGCUUGCUUUGGGUCACCUCUGGCGCUCAUCUAGAGGUCACAGAUCCCACCAAGGCAGCGAUGACUGGCCUUAUGCGCACCAUUCGCGCUGAGGAGCAACUGCAGCUCAUAACCCUCGACGUCGAGGAGCCCAGCGGAACGGCGACAGCGGCUGCCAUUUCAUCGUGCCUUGAAUGCCUUUGCGGACGCCAGCCCGCUGCAGGCACGGAAGCACAGGACAGCGAAUUUGUCGAACGCCGGGGGGUGAUACGCAUUCCCCGUCUGUUACCUGACGCAACGCUGACCGCGCUCCAGAGCGACGAGAUCAGUGCCCGUAAGACCGAUACAAUGGACUUGCAUGGCAGUGACGCGCUCAUCAAGCUUCGGUGCGAGCGGUUGGGAAAGAUCGACUCUAUUCAUUUUGCAGAAGCGCAGCCAGAGCCCCUCCCCCUGGAAGACGGAUGCCUCGAGAUUGAGGUCUACGCAGCAGGCCUGAACUACAAGGACGUUGUUGUCACUAUGGGCAUCGUUCCCGGCGAUGAGACAGCCAUGGGCCAUGAAGCAGCCGGCAUCGUCACUCGAGUCACGCCCGGAGUGGCCGCGGCCGGCUUCAACUUCGAAGUGGGCCAACGAGUGGUGGUCUUUGGCAAGGCCAGUUUUGCCAAUCGGGUGCAGACCACUCCGGGACGAGUCCAUCGCAUUCCGGAUUCCAUGACGUUCGAGGAGGCAGCGACACUGAGCGUCGUCUAUCUGACCAGCAGUCACAGCCUGUUUGAUCUGGCCAACCUGACCGCAGGACAACGGGUGCUCAUCCACUCGGCCGCCGGUGGUGUGGGCAUUGCGGCCAUUCAGUUGGCUCAGUAUGUGGGAGCAGAGAUCUUUGUGACCGUCGGGACCGCUGAGAAGAGGGAGUUCAUCAAGUCCACCUUUGGUCUGAGCGACACCCACAUCUUCAACUCACGCAAUACAGACUUUGGCAGCCAGAUCAUGUCCGCCACGAACGGAGCCGGAGUGGACGUGGUGCUGAACUCGCUGACAGGCGACAUGCUGGACGAGUCGUUCCGUAUCCUAGCCGACGGAGGGAUCAUGGUCGAGAUCGGCAAGAAGGACAUCCUCGACCGCAACCAUCUGCCCAUGGCGCCAUUUGACCGCAAUAUCUCCUUCCGAGCCGUCGAUCUUUCUCCAGAAAGGGCCCCCGAUGCGCUCGUUGCCAGACUCCUGCGCCGCAUCUUUGCGCUGAUUAAUGGCGGGCAUAUCCAACCCAUCCGGCCCAUCCACCGUUUCUCCUGGACCGAUAUUCCAUCUGCCAUCCGUUUCUUGCGGGCGGGCAAGCAUAUCGGAAAGAUCGUUCUCUCGGAUGGUGAACACCCCGACAAAAUCGAAGUGCCUGUGCGGCGCGCCCCCAAGAUGCUCCGUCUCCGCGACAACGGCAGCUAUCUCAUUGUCGGUGGCCUGCGGGGUCUCUGCGGCUCUCUUGCCAUCUAUCUGGCCAAAGUUGGGGUGAAGAACAUCGCCGUCGUCUCACGAAGUGGGCAUACAGAUGAAAAGUCCCGAGCUGUCGUGAAACAAGUCAACGCUCUAGGAGCCCAUAUUGAUUUGUUGACUGCCGAUGUCACCAAUGCAGCCGACGUGGAGAGGGCCUUCAAGGAGACGGUUGUACCAGUGGCAGGUAUCAUCCAGGGUGCUAUGGUUCUCCGGGACCGCCCAUUCGAUUCUAUGACCAUUACGGAAUAUCACGAGGCCGUGCAGUGUAAGAUCCAGGGAACGUGGAAUCUCCAUAACGCGGCCGAAAAGCUCGGGCUCGAACUCGACUUCUUUACGAUGCUUUCCAGUAUCUCCGGCGUCGUGGGAAACCGCGGUCAGGCCAAUUACGCCGCUGCUAAUGUGUUCCUGGACUCAUUCGCUGCAUUCCGCCGACGACGCGGCCAGGCGGCCUGCUCGGUCAACCUGGGCGUGAUCGAAGACGCUGGCUUUAUUGCGAACAACGCCGGAUUUCAAGAGCAGCAUUUUGAUGGGCGUGUGUUCAAGGGUAUCAAUAAUGUCCUGUUGCGCAAGAUACUCGAACUGUCGAUCCUGCAGCAGCAGCAGCAAGAAAAACAACCCCAGACACACCCGCUACAGACUCAGAUAGUCACGGGCAUUAUUGUUCCCCAACCGUCGGACUCUCUGCUAAAACCGGACGCCCGCUUUUCUGCUCUCUUUACCGGCCAAAGCAAUGGGGACUCCGCCACCGGAGGCAGUGGCAGCGGAAACGCCGAGGUGCAGGCUCUGCUGCUAUUGCUGCGAACGGCAUCAGCAGACCCUGCAGCCCAAGUCGCUGCCGCAGUCGAUGUAGUGGGCAAGUGCUUUAUGCGCCUCUUGCGCCUCUCCGACCCAAUGGACCCGGCGCGUCCGUUCUCGGUAUACGGGAUUGACUCGCUGUCCGCCGUGGAGGUGCGCAACUGGGUGCGUGGCGAGCUGGGCGCUCUAGUCACCACUCUGGACAUCAUGAACGCUUCAUCCCUCACGUCGUUCUGUGAAAAGAUUGUUUCGAAGAUUGUGGCUGGAGAUGGGAAAAACUGA